AUGUAUGGGGACAGGUACGGGGAAUUUUUUGGGUGUUCUAAGAGGUGCGGGGAUGCCGGACUGGAGAAAAGCAGCCGAGCUCUAGGAGUUACAGCCGGGUUCGAGAAGAGCGGCCCGGGGUAUUGGAGCUUGGUGGCCGGGAAUCCGGGGUAUUGGAGUUGGAGUGGCCCGAGUUGUUGGAACUGGAGCAGCUAG